GAUGUGGCACAUGCGUGGUUUCGACACCAGUCGUUUCACAGAUCACCGCGCUGUUGCCCUGUGAGAAUCAGCGCAAUGCUCUACAGAAGUUGAAAUAUUUCUGACCCGAUUUGCUGGGAACCGCGACGCUGUACCGCGUUGAGCGACGGGAGUUGUAGUCAUUUUGCGCGCUUGCUUUCUAAAGCUCAAUGAGAAGAGGAGGGGCUUGAGAACUUCGUCUCCCAUGAUACCCAACAAAAGACACUGACGGAAGAGAGGGUGGGACAAGGAAGUGAAAGGAAGAUGGCGGAGGAUGCCGAGAAGCCAGUAGGAGCCCCGGCUGCUCCGGUGUCGUUCGGUUUCACCCGAACAACUGGGCGGAGGCGGUUUCUUUUCGUGACAGGGCAGGAUGGUAGCGGCGAAGCAAAACAGGAGCCUGAUUUCCUCUCCGCCAUCGAGGGGCGGGAAUUGCAAAGUGUUCGGCCAGCCGCACAGCCGAAAGAGCUUGUAAUUCCACUGAUACAGAAGAACAAAUGGAAGAAGCCAGAAGACCCUGCAUCCCUCCAGGAGCAGGAGGGGAACAACUGUGUGGAGGCACAAGCAGUCAGAGAGCUCAUUGAAGAAUCCAGGAAGUCCCAGGAGCAAUGGGAGAGUGGCACAAAGAUAGACCCCACUUUUUCCAUUCCCCUCCUCAUGCAGAACCGUGUCCCUGAUGGCUAUGAGGACGGAGAGAAAGUGGAUGUCAGCCUCCGUCCAGAAUCGUCGACUGAGGCGGAUUAUGAGGAGGUACCAAUAGAAGCCUAUGGCCUUGCUAUGCUGAAGGGCAUGGGCUGGAAGGCAGGUGAGGGCAUCGGGCGCACCUUCAAGCAAGAUGUGAAGCCUCUGGAGAAUCGUCUUCGACCCAAAGGCCUGGGGCUUGGAGCAGACCGCUCGGUAGCCCAGGAUUUGCAGCCCUCGGGACCCCGACGACCCCCAAAGCCUGGCGAGGAGCCUUCAAAGAGCAAGGAUGAGCCUUUGGGAUUGGUCACAGGGGGUGCGGUUUUUAUCGAGGUGGGGCCUCACAAGGAGCUGUACGGGAAGAUUGAAGGCAUAGAUGGGGAUAACGCUCGCGUCAUGGUGAAAUUGGCCAUCGGUGGCAAAACGGUGACCGUGAGUCAGCAUGGAGUCCGGCCUGUGACCCAGAAGGAAUACGAUAAGCUGGCCAAAGACCUAAGCCGCCUCAGCAAGGGCCACAAAGAGAAGGAAACAGAACAGAGAAAUGGGACCAAGCAUGACUCGGAUCACAGAGCCUCAGAAGACAAAAAGGAGGAGAGAGAGAAAAAGAGGAAACAUCCGCCAGGUGCCGAGAGAGACGACCGUGCUGGGAAGCAGAAGAAGGGUGGUGGCAGCGGCAGCGGCAGCAAUUCCUCUUCCAGAACAUCUCACUGGUUGCGGCGAGACUUGCGAGUCCGCUUUGUAGAUAAGCUCUUCAAGGGGGGCAAAUACUACAAUACCAAGAUGGUAAUCGAAGAUGUCCUCAAGCCAGACACAUGUGUCUGUCGAACAGAAGAGGGUCGGAUUCUGGAUGGGAUUCCUGAGUCCAUGCUAGAGACGGUUAUCCCUCGGAGUGAUUCUGACUGGGUCAUGGUGGUGCUGGGGGAGUAUGCUGGCCGGGUGGGCCAUAUUCUUCGUCGAGAUAAAGCGCAGAGCCGUGCACUGGUGCAGCUGCAGCAGGAUGAUGAGAAACUCUUGACACUAGAGUAUGAUGCCGUCUGUCACUAUGUUGGUGGAUCAGAGGAUGACUGAGCUUCACAGCCUCUUCAGAAUGCGUGACAUCUGCAGGACAGAGGAACUCCUAGACUAAAAGGGGCAGCCUGCAAGCUGUCAUCUUCAGAGAGGGGCGUUGGAAUGCUGAGCUCAUUAGAGGACUAUGAGUAGGGAACAAGUCUGUCUCCAUAUUUGAGGCAGGUGCCCAAAUCACCCCCGCAGUGUUGUAGAGUGUGAUUUUAAAAAAUAAACCUAGCUGUGUGAGGUUCCUUGUAACAUGCACAGCCUUCUAGUUUCUAAACCAAUAAGGGCACUCUGGAACAUGAGUGCUGAAGAUUGCCAAAGGCAAGAACAUGUACAGAGAAUGAAGUCUAGAGCACAGCCAAACAGUUGCAGGUCAACUUUGGUUCUACGGCAACAAGAAAUUAGGCUGGCCCUAGAACAAAGCAGUCUAGAUCUGUAAUAUGGAUCCAGGAGUCACUGGGGUUCCAUAAUGAGUAAUACAUUUGGGUUUGAAUUUUUAAACUCUAGGCUGUGCUCUAGAGACAGGCUACUGCAAUUUGUGUGGUCUACAUAGGAGGGAGGCUGCUCUUAAAGUAAGUGUUCUGAGUGUUCAGGAAUGGAAUCUAGAGCACAUGCAUUUAUCCUGGGUUUUCCAGAAAGAUGCCUAUUGGUUGCUAAUAGACCUGUGCAUACAAUGUCUGUAGGACAUUAUCUUCAAGCAAUUAAUGGGCAGAAGAGACAAUUGCUAGAAUAUACAAUGUCUUGUGCUAAACUGAUGCUCCUUCACAUGAACAGACUAGGUUGUUACCAGGGCAUAUCCAAAAGAAGGAUGUAUGCUCAUCAUAAAGCCAUUCUAGAGCAAUAACAAUAGCUUUAGAUUCUAGACUCACACAGAUGGGCAUCAAAAACAGCAAUGGGUGUCUGUGCACUCUUGAAGUUUUGAAAGCAUAUGAAUAAGCAUGUCUCUUCCUAACUUGCUGUCAUUUGCUAUGGAAAUGGUCAUGGGAGGACCCAACUAUUAAUUAAAUCAACUUCCAUGGAUUGAGUUGCAUUUUUUAAAUUUAAACUGUGCUGUAAACUGUAAAUAAACCCCUUAUUCUUCCUUC